AUGGCGGCGACCGUGCUCUCUUACUUCUGGGAGCUCGCCUCGCUCGACGUGGACCGGCGAGUGAAAGCGGCCUCGAGCCUAAUCGCCGCGCUGAAUACCGCCCAGUCCGAGUUUGCCGCUACUAGCGCUGCCGGCGGCCAGCCGCUGUGCCCGGACCUCGAGUAUGCCGUCCGCCGGCUCGUGCGCGGCCUCGCUUCGCCACGCGACGGCGCUCGGCAGGGCUUUGGCGCGGCGCUCAUCGAGCUGUGCGCCGCCCUCGAGAUCGUCACGCCGGAGCUCAUCCUCGAGCAGAUUGAGUCGACGCUGCAGCUCACCGGCGCUGCAAAGGGAUCGGAGGAGCGCGACGUCCUCUUUGGCCGUCUCUUUGCCUGCUCUGCCCUCGUCCGGUCGCACCGGGUCGCGGCGCUGCCUGCGGAGCGGCAGUCGGCGACGGCCGCACGGCUGUCAGCGCUGCUGAUCGCGGUGGGCGGCGCAAAGGCCUUCCUCCAGGAGCCGGCGGCCGCCGUCACUUGCGAGCUCAUCCGGACCCUCGACCCAUCCGUGGUCGAGGAGAGUGUGUGGCCGACGGUGGCGCCGCUGCUGCCGGGCCCCCUCGCCGGCUGGUCCCCGCACGGCCUCAUGCUGGCGCUCGCGCUGGCGCUGCUCGAGCUCCUCGGCAAGGGCAAGCUGCGCGCAAAGCACCUGCUGCCGCCGGUGGAGAACGGCAAGCCCGCGCGCGGUGCCAAGCGCGCCGCCGACAGCGGCGGCGAGGGGGCGGGCGAGGCGCCGGCGACGGAGAAGAAGCGCGCGAAGCUCAACGGCGCGAAGCGAAAGAGUAAGCUGGCGGCCGCGUGA